AUGUUUGCUCAGGCGUAUAAAGUAUAUGCAGAUGAAAAGUACCUAAAAGCCUGUCAACGUUGUGCUGAAUUAGUGUGGCAGAAAGGUUUACUAAGGAAAGGCCCUGGAAUAUGUCAUGGUGUAGCUGGUAGUGGUUAUGUCUUCUUACUUCUCUACAGGCUCACAAAUGAUCCAAAAUACCUUCAUCGGGCUGUUAAAUUUGCAGAAUUUUUAUCCUCAAGUGAGUUUCAAAGUGGUGCUCGAACACCAGACUCCCCUAGCAGUUUGUACGAGGGUUGGGCUGGCACUUUGUGUUUCAUUAGUGACUUGAUGCAGCCAGAAAAAGCUGAGUUCCCUUUCUUUGACGUGUUUUAG